AUGAUGGAGGAUGGCUACUACUUGGUGUUUGAAGAUCAUAAGGUGGAAAUCUAUGAUGACAGUUCAUGUUCCAACAUGGUUGCAAAGGUACAAAUGAGAGGAAAUCAAAGUUUUCCAAUGAAAUUGCAGUCUGGAAUACACACUGCCUACAAGGCAAGUGUAUGUCACUUUACAACUAUGUGGCAUAAGAGAUUGGGACAUUUGAACAUGAGCAGUUUGAAGUUGAUGCAGGAACAAGAAAUGUUUGUAGGUUUACCAGAAAUCAAAGCAGUUAAAGAAGUAUGUGAGGGUUGUGUUCUAGGUAAACAAUGCAGGGAGGCAUUUCCAAGGGAAGCUACUACUAGAGCAUCAACUCUUCUAGAACUUAUACAUAGUGACAUUUGUCGUCCAAUGCAGACUGUUACAAAAGCAGGAAAUAGAUACAAGUCUGAAGUAUUCAAUGUCUUUAAGAGGUUUAAGGCUAUUGUUGAACUGCAAAGUGGAUAUAAGUUGAAGAAAUUGAGAAGUGACAAAGGAGGAGAGUAUACAUCCAUUGAAUUCAACAGGCAACUCACUGUGGCAUAUUCACCACAGCAUAACGGUGUGGCUGAAAGAAAGAACAAAACUAUUGUGGAAAUGGCUAAGUGUAUGAUGUUUGAGAAGAAGAUGCCACAAGAGUUUUGGGCUGAAGCUGUUAACACUGUAGAGUUCGAGCUAGCUAGCACAAGAUGUGUGUCUCUAGGGUAUGGAAGCUGUGAAAAAGGCUACAGGCUUUAUAACAUUGCAUCUGGAAGAGUGGUUAUUUCCAGAGAUGUAGUAUUGAAUGAGGAAGCAAGCUGGAAUUGGAAUGCACAAAAAGAAUGCAGUGUCUCAAUUCCACUUACUGAUAUGCUUACUAAGAAAGAAAAGGAGACUGAUGACGCUAGUUUGACUCAAGCAGAGAUCUCAGAAGAAGAACCUGUUGAAAUUGGUUCAGGUCCACAAGAGAUUGAUCACACUCCUUUGAAAUAUAAAAAUAUUGCAGAAAUAUAUGAAAGAUGCAAUCUGUGCAUCAUUGAGCUUGAGACAUUUGAAGAAGUUGUCAAAGAUGAGUCAUGA